AUGGUCAAAAGUAAUGAUGUGAUCAAGGACUUCAACGACACGUUCAAUAUGACUGCUGAUGAGUUGGAGGAAUGGCUCGAGGGGUCUGCUUCGCGCGAGCCGGGCUGGUCAAAGGACGAUGACUCUGGCGACACCAUUGGCCAUGAAAGAGCUAUCCUGGCCGAUAGUGGAAGGCAGAUCGUUGAGAUCUCGAGGAAGAAUCCAGGCAAGGACCCCUCCAAGUAUGAUGAGCAAGACAUUGCGCAUAUGAGGAAGGUCGCGGCCUAUAACAAACGCCACCUUGCGCAGGAGGAAAAGACCGGGCAAGACAGUAACAGCAAAGCUUUCCGCAGUCUAAGGAACUGGGGUCACGAUGCUCAGAAGCCGUGA